GCCGCGGGACCGAGGCUCCAAGCCGGAAGUGCCCCCUGGACGGCAGCUCCAGCCCCGCCCCCUCCACCGCCCCUCCCCCGGUGACGCAAUUCCGGCGCGCCUGCUCAGGCGAUGAGGCCUGUCGCACGGCGGUGACGCGGCGGCGGCGGCGGCGGCUGGAGCGCGCUCUUACCGGGAGGCCUGCGAGCGGCGGCCGUGCGCCUCACCCCGCGGACCCGCGGGCUGCCCCGCGCUCCCCCUCGGGCGGCGCCCGGCCCGCCGUCCCUCCCGGGGACCCGGGAAGGCGCGCGGGGCCGACACGUGCGCCCCCGCUGGCGUGUCCUCGGGCUGGUCCCGCGCUGGAACCCUGCGGCUGGAGGCCGGGCCGGGGGGCCGCAGGGCGCGGGCGGGCGGGGCGCGCCGGGCGGCGCCGAGGGCUCGGAGCCGAGAGCGUGGGCAUGGCGAGCAUCACCCAGCUGUUCGACGACCUGUGCGAGGCCCUCCUGCCGGUGCCGAAGGCUCGCUUGGGCCAGCGCGGCGUGAGCCGAAGGAGGGCAAAGCAGGGCCUCCGGAGGGUGGCCUACGACGCUCUCUUCAGCAGUCUGUUUGUAGAUGAGACUCAGAGGCUGCAGCCUGACCCCUCUAAAUUCCCGGUGAAAAACAAGAUCCUCAUGCUGUCCUUCGACUUGAGGGUGGGAGGCCUGGGCCCCGAGGCUGACCGUUUGGAGGAGCUGGUGGAGGAACUGGAAGCAGCCCCUUGCUGUCCGCUUGUGGAGGUGGGCUCUGUUCUGGACCUCCUGGUUCAGCUGGCGGGGAGCGGCCCGCCGCGAGUGCUGCCGCGAAAGCGGGACUACUUCUUUAACAACAAGCAUGUGGGGAGAAACGUUCGCUACGGCGGCUACGACUGCUACGACCUGAGUGUGUUUGAGAUGGACGUUCAGUCCCUGAUCUCCAGAGAGGAGUAUCUGUGUCAGGACAUGAUCCACAAAGCGCUUCAGGUGAUGGAGGCGGCGCCGGGCACUGGCCUGCCCACUGUUGGGCUCUUCUCGUAUGGAGACCCUUGUGGUGACAGGUUUGAGAGAGACACCCGGGUCUCGCUGUUCGGUGCCCUUGUGCACAGCCGCACAUACGAUAUGGACGUCCGACUGGACCUGCCUCCGGUGCCGGACAGCGCAGACCUCUCUGGACUGGCUAUUAAGGUUCCUCAGAGUGUGGAUCAGUCAGAAGAUGAAGGGUUCCAGUCAGCGUCCAAUUUGACUCCUGAUUCCCAGUCUGAACCGGGUGUGACUCCAGACAUCGACCUGUGGGAUGCCGUGCUCACCUACGAAGCCAGCAAGCGGAGGUGCUGGGAGCAGGUUGGAUGCCCCCCUGGCCACAGAGAGGAGCCCUACCUCACCGAGGCGGGAAGGGACGCCUUCGACAGGUUCUGCAGGCUCCACCAAGGGGAGCUGCAGGUGCUGGGAGGGGGCCUCCUGCAGGCCCCACAGCCCGUCCUGGUGAAAGAGUGUGAGCUGGUGAAGGACGCGCUGAACGUCCUGAUUGGGGUCGUGUCUGCCACAUUUUCCCUCUGCCAGCCGGCUCAUGCCUUCAUGGUGAAGCGGGGCAUCCACGUAUCAGGAGCGUCCCCCGAGAGCAUCAGCAGCCUCCUCUCAGAGGUGGCGGAGUGUGGGACCCACUACGCGCGCCUAAGCCACUUCUCCGUGCAGCCGGUGCUGGACUCUUCCUGCAGCAAAGGCCUCGUGUUCCAGGCCUUCACCAGCGGCCUGAGGAGGUACCUGCAGUACUACCGAGCUUGUGUGCUCUCCACUCCACCCACCCUGAGCCUCCUCACCAUUGGCUUUCUCUUCAAGAAACUGGGCCGGCAGCUCAGGUACCUGGCUGAGCUUUGUGGGGUUGGCACUGCGCUCCCCGCCUCCAGUGGAGGAGAGCCUGGGGCGGCAUUCCCCACUGGGGUGAAGCUGCUCUCAUACCUCUACCAGGAGGCCCUGGAUAACUGCAGCAAUGAGCACUACCCUGUGCUGCUGUCUCUGCUCAAGACCAGCUGCGAGCCCUACACCCGGUUCAUCCACGACUGGGUGUAUAGUGGGGUCUUCAGAGACGUUUACGGCGAGUUCAUGAUCCAGGUGAACCAGGAGUACCUGGGCUUCAGAGAUAAGUUUUACUGGACCCACGGCUACGUUCUCAUUUCCAAAGAGGUGGAGGACUGCGUCCCCAUGUUCUUGAAGCACAUUGCCCACGACGUCUAUGUGUGUGGGAAGACCAUCAACCUGCUGAAGCUCUGCUGUCCUCGGCAUUACCUCUGCUGGUCCGAUGUCCCUGUCCCUCGGAUCUCAGUCAUUUUCUCCCUUGAAGAGCUGAAGGAGAUCGAGAAGGACUGUGCUAUCUACGUGGGGCGGAUGGAGAGGGUGGCGCGCCACAGCUCCAUCAGCAAGGAGGAGAAGGAAUUACGAAUGGAAAUUGCGAAACAAGAAUUAAUUGUCCAUGCCCGAGAGGCAGCGUCCAGGGUCUUGAGUGCGCUUAGUGAUCGGCAGAUGUCAGAGCGGAUGGCUCUGGAUGCCCGGAAGCGAGAGCAGUUUCAGAGGUUGAAAGAGCAGUUUGUGAAGGACCAGGAGCGACGCCGGGCGGCCAGGCAGGAGGAGCUGGAUGAUGACUUCAGCUAUGCCCGUGAACUCCGCGACAGGGAGAAGAGGCUAAAGGCUCUGGAGGAGCAGCUGGAGAGGAAGGCGAGGCAGGCGCUGGUUGACCAUUACAGCAAGCUGUCUGCAGAGGCGGCUCGUCGGGAGCAGAAGGCGUUGUGGAGGAUCCAGAGGCACAGAUUGGCGGGUGCACGGCUGCGUUUCCUCUUAGAAGAUCAGAAACGCAUCCAGGGAAUGCUGGAAGACCUGUCCGAGGAGAAGCCCCUGGAGCCACUGGCUGUCCUCCCAAGUGCACGCCCCCAGGCCUCGUCUCCGGGCCCCGAGCACCCAGAUGGAGGUAGCAGCUGUGAUUCUGGGAGUGCAGAGCAGCACCUGGUCGCCUGGGAUGGCCUGAGCAGGCCAAGUGCACCCCUGCAGCCCCCAGAGUCUCCAGCAGCAGGGGCCUGUAGCUCGGGGCCAGGAGCAGGCCAGCAGCCAGGGCAGGCAGAGGGGCCAGGGCCCUUCUCUGCAAGCCUCAGCAUCCAAGACUUCCUGCCCCUGGGCCAGGGGGCCAAGAAGCCUGUGCACAGCGGCAUGGCCCCUGUCCUGGAGGAGGCACUACAGACCAUCGGCUCAGACCUGCCUCCCCUAGGUCUGUCUGCAGUGGUGGGCACAGGGCUGGCUGGGCCACAGGAGUAUGACUUCAGAAGCAUCCUGAGGCCGGCUGCAGCCACCUUGGCUUCCCCAGGACCCCUUGACACUGUAGGAGGUGACUUGGGCAGUGAGGGGCAGCAGCUGUGGGGGGACACUCACAUGCAACUGGACACCUGUGUCCUGGAUGGGCAGAUGGCUCUGCUUGACCCACACUCCCCCCAGCACAAUUCCCUCCAGGAGCGGAGCAGCCAGGCCACAGGCCAGGUCCUGGGGCAUGUGUCAGAGAGCAGUGUUCCCACAGGGGGUUAUGCUUCCAGAAUAGCCCCCUCCCGACCACAGUGGAACAUCCACGGACACGUGUCUGAUGCCAGCAUUAGGGUGGGGGAGAACGUGUGGGACGUGACCCCUUCCCGGCCACGGUGGAAUGUCCAUGGACACGUGUCUGAUGCCAGCAUUAGGGUGGGGGAGAACGUGUGGGAUGUGGUCCCGUCCCGGCCACGGUGCAACGUCCACGGACAUGUGUCUGAUGCCAGCGUCAGGGUGGGGGAGAACGUGUGGGAUGUGGCCCCCUCUCGGCCACGGUGGAACGUCCAUGGACAUGUGUCUCAGUCGCACAUGAUGCUGGGUGCACUCCCAGAGGAAGCCCAGAUCGAUGUGCCCUGGUCCCACCAGAACUCCCCUGACCAUGUGUCCCAGUCAGGCCUCAGCCUGGAAGAACAGAGCCCUACCCAGGACCAGGAGCCACAGCUACCCACAGAGACAGCCUCAGGGAGCUCCUGCGCUCUGGCGGCUGCUUCUGGUUGUGAGGAGGAGAGUGGCCUCAAGGCCUCAUUGCCUGCUGGGGUUGUGCCUGGUGCUCUAGGAGAUGGCACUCCUGAGGAGCCAGGCCCAAGGAGGAGUGGGGACACUGAGGACGUCUCUCCAAGCCACCCUUCAGGCUCCAAGGAAGGUGCGGAUGCCUGGAGCAGCCCAGGCCUUGGUGAAGAGGCUGUGGUGGCUGCUCGCUGGGACAAGGAGCAGGCUUACCUGGCAAGCCUGGCAGCGCAGUACCGCCUGGAGCAGUACCCAGACAGCUACGAGGCCCUGUCAGAGCCUCCUGUUGCCCGCCUCCUCCACCACGGGCUUCCCCGGGCCUUUGCCCUCUCUGAGGACCCCCGGGGCCCAUCAGAUGCGGACGAGACCACAGUGCAGCUGAGUGAGCUGCUGCCACUGCCCGUGCUCCUGAAGCGCUCCCUCACCGCCCCGCUGGCUGCCCACGUCUCCCUGGUGAACAAGGCCGCGGUCGACUACUUCUUCGUGGAGCUCCACCUCGAGGCACAUUUCGAGGCACUGCGCCACUUCCUGCUGAUGGAGGAUGGCGAAUUUGCCCAGUCCCUCAGCGACCUGCUCUUUGAGAAGCUCGGGGCGGGGCAGACGCCUGGGGAGCUCCUCAACCCGCUGGUGCUCAACUCAGUGCUGAGCAAGGCCCUGCAGUACAGCCUGCACGGCGACACCCCACAUGCGGCCAACCUCUCCUUCGCCCUCAAGUCCCUGCCCGAGGUGUUUGCCCCCAAUGCCCCGGAUGUGCUAAGCUGCCUGGAGCUCAGGUACAAGGUGGACUGGCCCCUCAACAUCGUCAUCACCGAGAGCUGCCUGAGCAGGUACAGUGGCAUCUUCUCCUUCCUGCUGCAGCUGAAGCUCAUGAUGUGGACGCUCAAGGACGUCUGCUUCCACCUCAAGCGCACAGCGCUGGUGAGCCACGUGGCCAGCUCCGUGCAGUUCCGCCAGCUGCAGCUUUUCAAGCACGAGAUGCAGCACUUCGUGAAGGUCAUCCAGGGUUACAUCGCCAACCAGAUCCUGCACGUCAGCUGGUGUGAGUUCCGUGCCAGGCUGGCUGUGGUGGGUGACCUCGAGGAGAUCCAGCGGGCCCACGCCGAGUACCUGCACAAGGCUGUCUUCAGGGGCCUGUUGACGGAGAAGGCGGCGCCUGUCAUGAACAUCAUCCACAGCAUCUUCAGCCUCAUCCUCAAGUUCCGCAGCCAGCUCAUCUCCCAGCCCUGGGGCCCAGCCAGUGGCCCCCGGGGUGCCGAGCACCCCAACUUCGCCCUCAUGCAGCAGUCCUACAGUACCUUCAAGUACUAUUCCCACUUUCUCUUCAAAGUAGUGACCAAGCUGGUGAACCGCGGCUACCAGCCCCACCUGGAGGACUUCCUGCUGCGCAUCAACUUCAACAACUACUACCAGGAUGCCUGAGGGCUGCUCGGGGAGCGUGUGGACCUGGGCCGUGCUGUGCUGCUGAGUUGGCGUCAGACAGAGACGGGUCAGGGCCUGACUGGACGUCUCUGCCGUCAUGGAGAGACGGGUGUGGGGGGCUGUGCACUGGCUGGGCACCGCCUCAUGGACUCA